UGUACACAUGAAUGGACAUAUAACACCUGCAGUGCAACCAGAAGAAGAACAUGAAGGACCUGGAUGAUGCACCUUCUGGGAGGGAAAUCAUUAGAAAGAACAACAACUGGGAGCGAGAAAAUCAAUCAGAGACAGCCCAUAAUAAGACUCCUCUCCUUGGUGAUCCAUGGAAACCAUGCAGACGGUCCCGCGCAACUGUCAAAGUGUGGCUGCUGAAGCUGAGGUGUUGUUUGGAAACAGUGUGUGGGAUGGAGUGGUAUGGCUAUGCUGCUCUUGGCAUUUUGACUGCCAUCCUCAGCUUCCUGACGGACCUCUGUGUGGCAAAACUGCUGGGAGCUCACCAGUGGCUUUAUAUGAAGUUGGAGGGAAAUAGUCUGCUGCAGUUCUUCUGCUGGACUCUUUACCCAGCAUGCCUCUGUGCUGUUGCAUCAUCAUUCUCCCACAACAUCUGUCCCUUCUCCACAGGCUCGGGGAUACCAGAGGUGAGGACUAUGCUGGCCGGUAUUGAAAUGCCUCAUUACUUGUCUCUCACUAAUAUGUUUACCAAGUUCCUGGGCCUUAUCUGCACACUGGCAGCUGGCAGCACUGUUUUCUUGGGCAAAGUGGGUCCAUUUGUGCAUCUCUCCACCAUGGUUGGAGCCUACCUGAGCAAACUCUGCACUCUUACACAAGCCAAUAAGAAGGAAAAAGCUGCUGGAGAGAUGCUGGUUGUAGCUGCUGCAGUCGGUGUAGCCAGCUGCUUUGGCGCACCCAUCAGCGGUGUGUUGUUCACAGUGGAAGUUAUGUGUUCUCACUUCGCCCUGAGGCAUUACUGCCCGUGUUUCUUCUCAGCCGCCUGUGGAGCAUUGACCUUCCGCCUGUUCUCAGUGUGGAGCGGAGAUUCAGAGACUCCUCAGGCGCUGUUCAAAACUAAUUUCCCCACUGCUUUACCUUUCUACCCGAUGGAGAUUCUGCUGUUUGCCUUCCUGGGGCUGCUGUGUGGCGCCCUGAGCUGCUGCUACCUCUUCUGCCAUCGGUGGAUCCUGCGAUUCACCAAAACAAACCCGACCUUCAUCAAAAUGCUGACGAUACAGAAGGGUCUAUACUCAGGCAUGGUGGCCUUCCUCCUGGCGUCGCUGACGUUUCCUCACUUUGCUGGACAAUACAUGGCUUCUAAGCACACCAUGAAGCAGCUCCUAACCUCCUUACUGGAUAGCAGGCAGUGGAGCUCUCAAUCUCACAAUGCCUCUGUUCAGCUGGGGCCCGAGCCUCUGUUGGAGUGGAAUUCAUCAGGGAGUCCAGUCUUCCUUCCUUUGGCUGUCUUUCUGCUCAUGAAGAUGUGGAUGUUGGUCCUUGCCUGUACUCUGCCUCUGCCAGCUGGAUACUUCAUGCCAGUGUUUGUCUAUGGGGCAGCUUUGGGCCGUUUGCUCGGAGAAGGAGUAGCUUAUGUGUCUUCCACUGGACUGACUUCAGGCCAGCAAUGGGCUUCUAUAAAUCCUGGGGGUUACGCACUUGCUGGUGCAGCAGCCUUCUCUGGGGCUGUGACACACACCCUGUCCCCAGCUCUCCUGGCAUUAGAGUUAACAGGCCAGUUCAGCCACGCUCUACCCAUCCUACUCGCCACUCUGCUGGCCAAUGCCGUGGCUCGCUCUGGGCACCGCCCAUCUUUCUAUGAUGCACUCACAAUCAGCAAGAAGCUCCCACACCUGCCCUCUCUGAUGAAGGCAUGCCCCCGGCUUCCCUCCACACCAGUUGGACAGGUUUUGGGAGUGAAAUCAGUGCGGCUUCAGAAAGCAGCUGGGCCAGUGGAGGUUCAGCAUGCUGUCAACACCAGCACUGACGCACAAAUCCCUGUGCUGGACUCACAUGAGUCGCAGAUUAUCCUGGGCUUUGUUCUCCGAUCAGAGCUGCUGAUGUUCCUGCGUCACUGUAAGACUGAGACUCUGGAGAAACAUCUGGAUGAUGUCUGCAGCAUUUACCCAACCUCUGUCUUGUUAUCACCUCACAACACUGUUCAGGAGGCCCACAGUAUCCUGAGUCUGGUUGGAGCUCAGACCUUGUUUGUCGCAGACAGGGGGAGGCUGGUCGGACUCAUCACAUGGCCAGAGAUGAAGAGAAUAUUAGAAGACUUGGCCACAGAAAUCUAAGCAUCAGCACUCAGGAUUACGCUAUGAAAAUCACGUUGCAGACCACUGAAAUAUUCUUGGGAGAAGUAAACCAUCACAUAUCCACCACAACAAUAUUGCCUGGUUUGACAAAGCUGCAUCAACAUCUUGUCAUGAUUGAAGCUGGGUGUCAUUUAAAAAAAUACAAUACCAGUCUCAAUACUGUGAAAGUGAUACAGAAACCAAUAGAAUAAUUCAUUUGAUUACUUUAUUUUUCUACAUUUGAUACCAUCAUGUGAAUGGAGGCAUUGAGUUGUGAAAAGAGCCACCAGACACCACAGGCGUGUAAUGUAGCCAUUCUUUUGAAUAUUUUGGCAUCUCAGCACGAUGAACUGUCUGCUUCAUCAAAUACAUCGUGCUUGACUACACCUCACCACAGACUGUAUGGGUUGCAGCUGCUGCUGUAGUGGUCCAAUCACACAUCACAUUAAAUGCUUGCGAGCACAAUAGUCAUUUUUUUCUAGGUCUGGGUUCAAACAAGAUCAAAUGCGAGUAUCGUUUGAAUAAAGAAGUUUCAAUACUACUUGGCACUGGGUUAUUUCAAUCAAUACCUCAAAGAUAUCAAUUAUCAAUACCCUGCCCAGUUUUGCUAAAUCCAUUAGUAUAUAUUUGAUAUCGGUUUCUUAUGCUGUCAGCCAAACAGCACACAGAGAAGCACCAUGAUUGUCCUGAACCAACCAAAAGCAACUAAGCUGAACUAAUCAGUAGAAACGAGUGAGUAGAUCUACCUAGCUAAUGUUACCUAGCUGAUAUAGCUCACUGCAGGCCUCAUUUGUUGUAGUAGUGACCCACAACUUAAUGCAAUCCACUGUCUGCAUGUCUGUGUAUGUGACAUAAACCUAACUGUUCUUAGUAAUGUUAAAUGUCCACAAAGACCAAUGUUAUGUUACCAUGUCAUGGAGAGAGGAACUCAGCUUGACAGAUGGGCCGACCUUACAAUGUCCAGCCUGCUCGGACCAGUGGCACCAGUCGGUUUCGACUGGGAGACGAACCGAGCCGGUGGACGAGACAAUAACUGAGGCCCAAACUGUGAAAGUCAGGUCAACAUUUCACCAAGACAACGAUGGUUAGAAACCAAAGCCGAACUAUAGGCUUCACAUCACAGUGUAAAAGUG